GUGAGUUCACGUAACACUCCGCAGCGCUAAAAUAGUCCCGUCCACCCCUGACCUCGGAGAAUGUCUGUCGCCCUCAGCAGGCCUCGGGACUCAGAAAAUGAACCUCCGAGGCCCCGGGACUCUCUCUUCUGCAAGACUGGGGAUAUCUUUAAUCGUUUUCCACCGCGGAUUCCUCCGCCGGGGAUGAUUCUCGGUGGCCUCAGCACUUCCGGGUCCGCCAUUUUGUCUCCUCCAUUUCUCCACGAGGGGGGGUUAAAGGCCCCCCCCCAUAAGCAUUUAUGAAAAAGCCGAAAAAAGUUGCUACUGCCAACGGGGCGUCCGACUUAGGGGAGAAAAGGGGAUCAAACUGGCGGGCGCGGAGGGAGCAGAGUCGGCGGUGCCGGGGACGCAGCGCUGAUGAUGGCCUCAAAAUGAGAUGAAAGACACUUGAUAAAAUGAGUGGUUAAACACAGGCAACACCAAAGCCUGGGGUUGUUCGUUCUGAAAAACACUUACCAAAGAGUUGCGAUGAUGAUAACAACGGAAAUGGGAUGUCUUUGGUGGACCUGGGGAAGAGGUUGCUAGAAGCAGCAAGAAAAGGACAAGAUGAUGAAGUGAGGACUUUGAUGGCCAAUGGUGCCCCCUUUACUACGGAUUGGCUUGGAACAUCACCUCUCCACCUGGCAGCCCAGUAUGGUCACUAUUCCACAGCGGAAGUACUCCUGAGAGCAGGGGUUAGCAGGGAUGCCAGGACUAAGGUAGACAGAACUCCCUUGCAUAUGGCUGCAGCAGAUGGACACGCCCAUAUCGUGGAGCUGCUCGUCCGGAAUGGUGCAGAUGUGAAUGCCAAGGACAUGUUGAAAAUGACUGCUUUGCAUUGGGCCACAGAACACCAUCAUCGUGAUGUGGUGGAGCUGCUGAUCAAAUAUGGAGCUGAUGUCCAUGCCUUCAGCAAAUUUGACAAAUCUGCCUUUGACAUAGCUCUGGAGAAGAACAACCCAGAGAUCCUUGUCAUUCUUCAGGAGGCAAUGCAGAACCAGGUGAAUACCAACCCUGAGAGAGCCAACCCGGUGACCAGCACGAUGACAAUGGCUGCUCCCUUUAUCUUCACGGCUGGAGAAGUCGUCAACCUUGCCAGCCUUGUGUCUUCAGCCAGCACCAAAACCACUGCAGGUGAUUCCCAUACAUCAACAGUACAGUUCUCCAAUCCUACCACCUCUGUGCUGGCAACCCUGGCUGCUCUGGCUGAGGCAUCAGCUCCCCUUUCCAACUCCCACAGAACCACAGCCAAUUCCGAAGAAAUCAUGGAGGCAAAUUCUGUUGACUCAGCAAUCCAACAAGUGGUGGGGAGUGGAGGCCAAAGGGUCAUCACCAUAGUGACUGAUGGAGUCCCCCUGGGUAACCUCCAGACUGCAAUUCCCACUGGUGGUAUUGGACACCCAUUCAUUGUGACUAUGCAAGAUGGACAGCAAGUUCUAACUGUACCUGCUGGUCAGGUUGCAGAGGAGACCAUUAUUGAAGAGGAAACAGAAGAGGAGGAAGCAGCCCGGGAGCUGCCGGUGGCCAAGAAACAAAGAAGAGAACAAGUGACAGAUAGUGUGGAUGAAGGCAAGGAAGACACAGAGAGAGAACUGCUACAACAGCAGCUCCGGGAGGCCAAUCGCAGGGCCCAGCAAUACCAACAUCAGCUGCGGGAGAAAGAGCAGGAAGCGGAGCAGUAUCGUCUCAGGCUGGAGGCUAUGGCCCAGCAGCAGCCAGAUGGAACUGAGAUCACUAUGGUAGAGGAGGUGGCGGAGGUGGAUGCCUUGGUGGUCACAGAAGAAGAGGUGCAAGGGCGGGGGACAGAAGUUACAGGGUCAGCGGGGACUGUGGAACCUCAUGCUGAUGUUGCCAUGGAAACUGUUGCAUCCUAACAUUCAGGCCUCUAGCUCACAUCCCCCUUUCUUUUUAUUCCUUAAAAAAAGAAACAACAAAAAACAACACCCAUAAGAAUAUUUUUUAAAUAUCGAGGACAUUUAAAAAAGAAAAUAAUAAUAGGACACAGCCCUGUGGGCUCAGAGGAGAUUUCUUUGUGCAACUGGAAAAUUAAAACAUAAAUUACGAGGAGAUGUCUUCUGGGACCCAAAGAAUGGGGACCAAAUUUCUCAGUUCACAAAAUUGGUUUCAAGCAUAAAGGUUUAGGGUUUUUGUUUGCUUUCAUAAAUAGAUCUCUAAUUUUAAACCUGCACACCCAGGCUCCUUAGUAAAAUUACCACCAUGUGACCUGAAUUUUGCCUUGAAUUUACGAUGCAUACCUGCCUACUAGAUGAGAUUUGAAGAAGAAAAAGGGAAUAUCCUAUAUUCAGAAGAACUUGUUGAUCUCAGCUGCCCUGAAUUGCCUGCACUGAAAACAACUGUUAGGCAAUGGCCUGACAAAACUUGAAGCUGUUUUAUGUCACAACAGAGAUGCCAGUCUAAGAAAUCAAAGUCUUUGACAGCCAGGAUUGCCAGUACUUAUCCAAAGUGACACAAGUGAUAUGGGGCAGCCAGAGGAGCCAGGAGGUUGUGUGUAGAGUCCACUCAAGGCGAUGCAUGGCCUUAUAGAAGAGACCUCUUUUGUACCUGGUAUUCAGCUCAGAACCCUUAGGUUUCUUAGCAGCUUUCUUGACCCACCUGUGCCUUUCCCUGGUGUUUAGAGUCAUCUCCUCAUAUUUGCAGAAAUCAGAGGUAUGGCUAAGAGGGUUUCAUUAUUCUGUGUUCAUCUGGAUUGGGAUGAGUAAAUUUGCCUUAAUUAUCUCUCUCCAUUCAUGCCUGCCUUUCCCCUCCUCCCCCCAGCCUUUAGUAAAGUGGUGCUGUGCCUUCAGUGAAUGUUGACCCACGUUGAAUGACUAAAUCCCAAUUAUCAGUGUUGUAAAAUCAGGAGGAACCAAAGACUUUACCAAGGACUACUUAAAACAAAACACCAAAAGCCAUGACAUUUGAAAAGUGUUUUCUUUCUUCUUUUUUCAUAUGUGCCAAUGUAGAGUUUGUUUUCCAGAAAAAAAAUGUUUAUAAAGGAACAUAGGAGAAGGGGAAUGUAAGGGUGGGUUAGGAUUAUAUUUCAGAGAAGGGCCCCCUCCAUUCUAGCUUUGCCUUUCUUCUUUUGUUGCAAAGCAGGGGAAGAAACCCAGGGAGAGAUGAGCCAAGUAAACACUGGAAUGACUGUUUAGAAUAUGGUUGUCUUAAUUAGCGAUCAUGAGGAAAACAUGCUUUUUUAAUUUGGAAAACAAACUUGACAGUUAACAUGGCUCCAUUUACCUUGAUUAACCAAGCAAUUUGAUGCAGUUUUCCAGAGUUUCAGAAUCAAUUUGGACUUAGCAUAGAUUGGAAACAGAACCUCAAAAACAAAUUUAACAACUGGAUUUGGCCCUAUUGCUGUGUAUUUGUUUAAUCAGUUUUGGAAGUUGGUCUCAGCUAGUGGCUCUCUCCAUCAGGUCUCUCCCACUCCUUCACUGUGGCCUGCCAUGGAGCAGGGUGGCUCUUGGAGGCCUCCCCUGACCUGGGAAGGAGACCCUGGCCCUACAAACUCUUGAUUCCACUGAGGGUGUUUUUUCUGUUUUCAGCUUCCCUUUGGGAAGCCAGGGGCUAGUUAUGUGUGUGUUGUUUCAUCGUUUUGGGUUGAAACAAGGCAAAAGGGGAAAGCUGAACAAAGUAUAUUUCAGGGGUCUUUGGUCUUAUAUUCUCUCUUAAUGUGUUGACUUGAAUGCAUUUUUUUAAAUCCAUAGAAGUUCUUCAAGCCAAACCAUGUUGGCCUCUAGGUGUGGUCCAAGUGUCCUACUUUCCCUUCUUUGUCCGGCAAUUGCCAGUUUCUGACUAUGCACCCAGAACUUCCUUUUGCCCACUCCCAUUUUGACUGGCACAUGGAUACAAGUUACUCUUGAAAUCUUAAUUGGAAUCUUUUUUCCUCUGCCCAUUUCUCAAAUGUCAGUGUUCCUGGUAGGUCAUGGAGGUGGGUGGUAGAGAUAUCUUUUGUGGUGACAGGGGUCUAUUAAAGGCUGAUUGGUGGAAAAGAGUGGACCAGCUACCCUGUCAUAAUUACUCCCUUGGAAUAGAGUUUAACACUCUGGAGAAGGGAAGCAGGACUUGGUCUUUGGUUAUGUGUCAGUGGUUCAAAUCAGGGUGGCUUGAGAGAUUGAUGUUAAAUGAUUGUAAUUCCCGUAGUUUUGUGGAUCUUCUAGGGAUUUUCUGGGGUAGGUAAUUGCCACAGCUCUAGGGAACCACAUGGUAGCUCCUCCUUCCCUGAUCUGGCUUCAGAGGGUCAGAGAGGGCUUAUUGACAGAACAGUCACAAAAGGUUAGAUAACAGGCCCUAUUCCCCAGGCAGAUGGUUAGAGAGUUGGUACUAAUGAGAAGGAAAUUUGGGGCCCCAGGGGUUGUCUCUCUUAAAAGCUGCUUCAGAAAUGUCAGUAUUACUGUCAGAAACCCCCAAGCUUCCAUUUGCAUUUUAGUCUAAGAGUGAUUUGUCUUAUUCUUUCCUCAAAAAGGAAGAAGUGGAAAUUCCUUCUUCCUCAACUUUAGGGAAAAUGAUAUAUGAAUUUGUAGUCCCUUCCCUUCACUGCCCCUGUGGGGACCUUUUGGUUAAAAGAACUAGUUUCAAGAUACAUACAUAUGUAACACACACACACACACACACAUGUGUUUGUUUUUAAUGUUUUCCCCACCCCCCACAGACCAUAGCUUUAAAUAAUACUUCCUCUGACUUAUUUUCUUUAUUUUGCUUUAAUAGAACUGAAUUCUUCAUAGGGUUGUCUGUUUAGGGAGUAGAGUUGUAUGACUCAGAUAUUUUAUUGGUACCUUCUGUUUACAUAUGUGUGUAUAUAUAUGUGCAGGCAUGUAUGUAUGUAUGUAUAGAUAAACACAGACACAUACAUUUUCCAUGUUUUCUCUUUUCCUUGGGGUUCACCUCUGAGGAAAAACUGUGUAGAAUGAAAGUAACAAAGGGGUCUGUAAGAAGUAUUUUUUUCUCCUUAGAUUAUUGCAGAGGCGUGAGGGAAAGAAGAAAAACUAUUCAUUUCUUGGUUUGGGUUCCUUUGUGAAGGAGCAGCAAGUAUCUAGGGCUGGCCUUGGCUUUGCUUGGCAUGUGGUAUGCCUGGUGCCGUGGGUGCUGGAUGUUUUACGGUAGCAUCCAGCAUUGCAAAUGGAGCUCUGUAAUUCAGUAGGAUGGACCAGGCAUCUCUUCUCACUAUGACUAUGCUCCAGCCUGGGCUUUUGAGCCUUCAAAGUAGAGCCAGAAAAGAGAGGAAACCGACUUUGUGCCUCUCCUUCCCAGCCUUGUGGCCAUGUUGGGAGUUCCUGUCACCAUUCCCCCAGUGAUCUAUAGUCAGAUGAGGCUAUCCCAGAACAUUGAAUCUAAAUGAAGACGUUCCUUUUGUGAUUUCUCUGGACAGCUGCCUCCCUCACACCUUCUUUUCUAGCUGUGCACACCCAACCUUGAGAGGCUAGAGGCAGAAGUGAGGGUGAGCGAUGUUGGGAUUUAACGGCCUCUGUGCUGCGCUCUGUCACACAGGGUGGCUGAGUGGCCCACAUUCCUGUUCAUUGGAUGGAUUCUCUGAAUGUCCACCUUACAUUCUAUGUGGGGAUCACCAGCAAGAGAGGCUGUGAGUAGCUCAGAACCCCAGGUGCUGGCUUUUCUGAGACUCACCAGGCUGAAGGGGAUGGAGAUGCUGGUGACAUUUCUAGACUGUGGAAUAGCCAACAGUCAUGUUAUCAUCAGGAAAUUGUGACCCCAAGUCUCCACCUCCCAUCCCCUGCCUCUCUGACCCCAUUGCACUUACCACAAUGAGGUUUUUCCACACUGGGCAACAUAAUUACUUGGUCAUUUCCAUUCUCCGUGUAUGAGUUCCUGUCUCUCUCUGCCCUUCCCCCUACAGGCCCUAUCCCCAUCUCUUCCACCCUGACCUUCUGGAGGGUGUUUCUGAGAAUUAAUGUAGGUCACAACCUACAGCCACACUGCCUUCUUUGCUUCAGAGAUCUUGCUUUGUUACCAGCCAUGACAGACUCCCUCUGCUUUGCCUUUUUCACUAGCCUCCUAUUCCCCAUUCCCCAGUGUGCCUCUCCCCCUCAAACCGCUCAGCACAGAAACCAUUGCUCCAAGUGCCCUCAAUUUUUCAAGUUGUUUGACAGUUUUAUAUACAAGACACUUUUAGGAAAACCUAAAUAUUUUCCUUUUUCCAUGUAGGAUGUUAUUGAAAUAGUGUUUGAUUCUGAUGAGUGUGUAUGUAUACAUAUACAGAUAUAUAUUAUAUAUAUUUACAAUUUUUGUACAAUUGUUUU